UCAGCCGACGCCACUAAUUUCAAGACAUUCUUCAUCUGUGGACUCUUCAUUGGAGAAGCCUCCUGGCCUGGGCCAUGGGCCCGGUCCUUGGCUUAGUCCUCUUUACCCUGUCACAUACAACCCAGCGGUUCCUGGAUUAUCACAGUUGUAUCCUCCAGGGCCACAGCCACCAUGGAAUCACCGACUGCCCGUUAUUUACUACGAUUCCCCGUCACGUUUUCAGGGACACAGUAAUCCAUCAACCCCAAAACCUGUGGAUCAGCUACCAAACUAUCCUUCGUCUUCUGGACCAUCUGCGAUCCAAGGUUCUGAGUCACCUGACAGUUCUUUGUUACCCCCAAAACCUGAUAAUCCUCCAUCUCAUGGACUGCCAGGGCUUCGACCUCCCCAGCAAUCCGGUAAUCCUCCACCUGACCGCUCACCAAAGCCUUCAUUCUCUUUACCUGAUUAUCCUCCAAUGUUCCAAAUGCCUAGGAGCCUAAAUUAUCAAACUUCAGAACCACAAAGCGAGCUACCUCGUGGAUUUUAUGAUCCAAAUUUUCCGCAGAUAUCUCAGCCACAGCCUCCUGGAAAACAGAUACUAGUCCCUUUCAGACCUGGUGUGAGAGACCCAAACUUUGAGAGCUGUGACGUGCCAACAGUCCAAAGAAUCCCAUGUGGAGGAUUUGGUAUUACUGCCACUUCUUGUGAAACCAUGAGCUGCUGCUUCGAUGGCCGCAAUUGUUACUACCCAAAGUACCAGAUUACAAAGCCACAGCCUCCUGAAAAAGAGGAGCCAUUCCCUGUCAAAACUGGUGUGAGAGACCCUAACUUCGAGAGCUGUGACGUGCCAACAGUCCAAAGAAUCCCAUGUGGAGGCUUUGGUAUCACUGCCACUUCUUGUGAAACCAUGAGCUGCUGCUUCGAUGGCCGCAAUUGUUACUACCCAAAAUACCAUAUUACAAAGCCACAGCCUCCUGAAAAAGAGGAACCAUUCCCUGUCAAACCUGGUGUGAGAGACCCUAACUUCGAGAGCUGUGACGUGCCAACAGUCCAAAGAAUCCCAUGUGGAGGCUUUGGUAUUACUGCCACUUCUUGUGAAACCAUGAGCUGCUGCUUCGAUGGCCGCAAUUGUUACUACCCAAAGUACCAGAUUACAAAGCCACAGCCUCCUGAAAAAGAGGAACCAUUCCCUGUCAAACCUGGUGUGAGAGACCCUAACUUUGAGACCUGUGACGUGCCAACAGUCCAAAGAAUCCCAUGUGGAGGCUUUGGUAUUACUGCCACUUCUUGUGAAACCAUGAGCUGCUGCUUCGAUGGCCGCAAUUGUUACUACCCAAAGUACCAGAUUACAAAGCCACAGCCUCCUGAAAAAGAGGAACCAUUCCCUGUCAAACCUGGUGUGAGAGACCCUAACUUCGAGAGCUGUGACGUGCCAACAGUCCAAAGAAUCCCAUGUGGAGGCUUUGGUAUUACUGCCACUUCUUGUGAAACCAUGAGUUGCUGCUUCGAUGGCCGCAAUUGUUACCACCCAAAGUACCAGAUUACAAAGCCACAGCCUCCUGAAAAAGAGGAACCAUUCCCUGUCAAACCUGGUGUGAGAGACCCUACCUUCGAGAGCUGUGACGUGCCAACAGUCCAAAGAAUCCCAUGUGGAGGCUUUGGUAUUACUGCCACUUCUUGUGAAACCAUGAACUGCUGCUUCGAUGGCCUCAAUUGUUACUACCCAAAGUACCAGAUUACAAAGCCACAGCCUCCUGAAAAAGAGGAACCAUUCCCUGUCAAACCUGGUGUGAGAGACCCUAACUUCGAGAGCUGUGACGUGCCAACAGUCCAAAGAAUCCCAUGUGGAGGCUUUGGUAUUACUGCCACUUCUUGUGAAACCAUGAGCUGCUGCUUUGAUGGCCGCAAUUGUUACUACCCAAAGUACCAGAUUACAAAGCCACAGCCUCCUGAAAAAGAGGAACCAUUCCCUGUCAAACCUGGUGUGAGAGACCCUAACUUCGAGACCUGUGACGUGCCAACAGUCCAAAGAAUCCCAUGUGGAGGCUUUGGUAUUACUGCCACUUCUUGUGAAACCAUGAGCUGCUGCUUCGAUGGCCGCAAUUGUUACUACCCAAAGUACCAGAUUACAAAGCCACAGCCUCCUGAAAAAGAGGAACCAUUCCCUGUCAAACCCGGUGUGAGAGACCCUAACUUCGAGAGCUGUGACGUGCCAACAGUCCAAAGAAUCCCAUGUGCAGGCUUUGGUAUUACUGCCACUUCUUGUGAAACCAUGAGCUGCUGCUUUGAUGGCCGCAAUUGUUACUACCCAAAGUACCUUAUUACAAAGCCACAGCCUCCAGAAAAAGGGACACCAUUCCCUGUCAGACCUGGUGUGAGAGACCCUAACUUUGAGAGCUGUGACGUGCCAACAGUCCAAAGAAUCCCAUGUGGAGGCUUUGGUAUUACUGCCACUUCUUGUAAAACCCUGAGCUGCUGCUUCGAUGGCCGCAAUUGCUACUACCCAAAGUACCAUACUAUAAAUCCAAAGAUCAUC